CAGUACGCCGCCGGCACGCCGACCGAGCACACAGACGCACGCCGCCAGCGCCCGCGCCCGCGCCCUCGCCUCCGCUCUGCUGACUAUGCCGUAUGCGGCCACGGCCACGGCCCGCCGCAGUAGCUAGCGACCGCGAGGCAGAGCACGGCACGACGCUGAAUUUCACCGACCUGGGCAGCCCCUUCCAGGGGGGCGGCUCGAGCACGCCGACGCCGACAGUGGCCGCCAUGGCCGACGCGCAGGCGGAACAGCAACAGGCGCAGCCGUCGGCCGGGAAGUCGGCCUUCAUCGAGCUGCAGCAGCAACAGCAGCAGCAGCAGCAGCAACAGCAGCAGCAGCAGCAGCAGUACGGACACGGCGCGAGCCCGCUGCGCUACUCGCAGCACCACGCGCACCACUUCGCGGGCCCCGCGGGUCCCGUGCCUCCGGGCCCGCCCGUGCCCCCGCACCACGUGGACCCUUCCGCCGGCUUCGGCAGCCCGCGAGCGCCGCCGCUAGGCCCCUACCCGUUCCCGACGAUGCACCAGAACUACCCCGGAUACCACCUGGGAUCCUACGCGCCACAGUGUGCUUCGCCACCCAAGGACGAUUGGCUGUACGGGAAGGGAAUAAAAUCGGAACUGCUGGAUGAUCGGCAGUGCGGCGAAAAAUACAAGUGCGGUGGCGACGAAGGCUCGCUGCGGGUGAACGGCAAGGGCAAGAAGAUGCGCAAGCCGCGCACCAUCUACUCCAGCCUCCAGCUCCAGCAGCUCAACAGGCGCUUCCAGCGCACGCAGUACCUGGCGCUGCCCGAGCGCGCAGAGCUCGCCGCUAGCCUGGGCCUCACCCAGACGCAGGUGAAGAUAUGGUUCCAGAACCGGCGCAGCAAGUACAAGAAGAUGAUGAAGGCGGCGCAGCAGGCGGUGACGCAGCCGGCGGGCGGCGGCGGCCAGUCGCAGCACCUGCUGGGCGCCGCGCCGCAGCCGCAGCAGCCGCCGCACGCUCCCCCGGCGCCGAGCCCGCAGCCGCCCGCAGGCUCGCUCAUAGGCGGCGGCGGCUCGUCGUCGGGCAGCCAGCACAGCCCGAGCGCGGGCGGCGGGCCCGGCGCGCCGGCCAGCUACCUGGGCCACGUGGCGCAGACGCCCACGCCGUCGUCGACGCCGGUGAGCGAUAUGAGCCCGCAGGGCGGGCCGCACGGGCUGUCGGGGUCGCCGCCGGUCGUGGCGUGGGACAUGAAGCCCAGCGCCGCCCCCGCACCGCACCCCGCGCCCGCGCCCGCCCCCGCGCCGCACCCCGCGCACCACCCCGGCCACCACCACCCGCACUACAUGGCGCAGUACUCCUGGUACCAGGCCGCCGAGCCCAGCCCGCAGGGGCUCCUCACGGUGUGGCCUGCUGUUUAACGGUGACACCGCGGGAACGUAGCAGCAGCAGCAGCAGCAGCAGCAGCAGUUUCGAGCCGGCCAGAGUGGGCGCCCCAGUUACCGUCCCUAGAGCAGCGCCAGCCGCCGUUUAAGUUCAACUCAUCAGUUCUCGUGUUACGUGCUCUUGGAUCUUCUCUUACCUAUCGGUGACAAGCGAGUCGCAAGCCUGCUGUAGAAUAAGAAACACUGGUGUGUAAAUGUUCUUUUUUUUUUAGUGAAUGUUGCUUUCGUUUCGGAAGACAAUCGUCGUGUUUGCUCUAUUAUUGUGUGCGUAAAAGAGGAUGAAGUGUUUUUCUAGAAGUCCUCGAACAGUGCCGUGGGAGAAAUGUGAACUGAAAUGUAACCGACACACUUUCGGCUGUUCCGCAUCGACUACUGGUUAACUCAUCGCUCUUCGGAGGAUGGUUGGCUGAAUCUAACAAUCUCAGCACAAACAGUUUUGUGUGAGGACUUCUCCACACUGAUGUGAUUAGAUUUCAGACAAAGGUUCCACGUUACUCUGCUUACGAAACAGUGAUGUCUGAGAAGCACUAUGCAACGCAUUUUCAAACUAUAACUGUACGUAUUAUGUCGUGCCCGUCUGGGUACGCCAAUAACAACAAUAAAAAGUGACGGAGUACAAAGAAUCAAAGAAAUCUGGCAUUGAAAAUAUUGAAAAAUGAGUGUUAUUUUGGAAGUUUUAUUCGUAACUUGUAGACGGAAUUUGUAAUGUACGAGAAAAUGACACUGUUUCGCUACGGCAUGGUCGUUAACCUGAAAAAAAAAACGUAACACAGCGUCAAUUGAGCCGUAAAACACGAACACCUAAAAUGAACUACAAAUAAACAACGAUAUUUUGUUCAGGAACUAUGACGUAAGUAGUUAAUCGUUCGUUUAGGAACACUGCCGUCAUAAAGAGGAGGACGCUGCUUCCGUAGUGAAGUCUCGUUUAGAAAUUUCGCUGUCAAAACAUAACACUAGAAAAUCGCGAGUGUAUUGUGUAUAGGACCUUUGAUUAGUGACAUAAGAUGUGAAUUAAUUAAGCAUGAACAUGACAUCUUAAAAAUAAUUUUCUGUGAAUUUGUAACGUGUAAACAUUUUGUAAACCAGUAUUAGGUGAAAGUUGUUCAGUCGAAAUUUGCUUGUUACAUAAAAAGAAACAUUUGUACUGAGUACGUAGACGAAGCAACGAACUGUGUGUUAACUGCAGACGUGUUGGAUUCCCAGUGGCUUCUGCAGAUAAAGGGUGAUAUAUGCACUUUUCAAAAAGUAGAUAGUAAUCACAUACUAGACCAACCUGUCGCAUAACCUGUCGUUCGCUUGCUACUUCCUUAAAAAGUGAACGUGUUCAAAAACUAGCGCUAUUAUCAGUUGGUUUAAAACAUGUUUUUCCUAUGUUGCAAGCGUAUGAAUUAAUAUUAUACAUCGAAGCACAACCAUCUUAACCGAAUUUACUUGUAGCUGACGUAUUUCCUAUGACACCUCUCUUAGGAAAAUGCUUCUUCACAUUUGCUUCGUUCUCCGAUAUUGAGUAAGAAAAAUUCAUGCGUGGUGCUUGAAAAACUUACAAUUCUUUUUAAGAGAGCAAUGAUGCUUUUAUUAACGGUUUAUUUCCAAACCAGUGACAUAAGUAGGGCCUAUGUCGUCUGCAAAGCACCUGAAACUUAGAUGGUUUCAUUGGAGAUUCAUCCGUUGUAAUUAACAUGUCUGAAACAGUUCUUCUCUCUUCAGCAGUACUCAGUACAAAAAAAAUUAGAUCUACCGCUAGAGGACUCGUCAGUAUGUGUAGACACGUGUAUAGUGAGCUAUCCUCGUACUGCAUUUAGUUACAUAAAUUAUUGUUUGUGCUGUUGUGAUCGAUGUUUACGUAUUUGAUUCCAGCGAACGCUGUAUGAAGGAUAAGUUCAUCUAUUAUGUAAGGUGUACAAAAUUUAUUAUAAGAGGAAUAAUGUCACAUAUAUAUUUCUAAGAUAUAGAGAAUUACCAAACAGCAGUGUGAGAUCUGCUUUUGUAAUGAGCUCUUGGUCUGAUGCCAUUCAAGGCUAUAUUAGAAUUUUAUUUUGCUCUAAACAGGGUACGAAAUGAAAAUAAAGCUAUCGAAUACCAUCAAUAAAAAGCUUGUUUUGUCACUAAUGCGCGGUGAUACUGGCAGACAAAGAGACUGUAACAGUGAAGUUUGGCUUUUGCUGUGUCUUGUUGGUUUCAGUAAGCUAUUUGGUUGCAGUCCAUUCAGUUUUGUAACGAGUAUUGAAACUAAUUGGUCAACUUCGGCAACCUUAUAAAAUCUAACACAAACCGCGAUCAAAGUAGAUUACGUAAUUUCUGAUUGCUCAAAUAAUUCAGAUAUUUAGUGGCACAAGAAGACAAACUUUUUAUGCUGUCACGUGGUAUCAGUUAUUAGACAUUACUCACGCUUUUAUUUUCUUUUUUAGUAAUGAAACAUCAAAUUAAUUAACACCUAAUGGUUUGUAUGAACAUGUUAAUUUAUGUGUUGUUGAAAGAUAUACAUAAAAUAGAAAAAGAAAUAAAACCAGCGAAACGUAUUUUCACAUCAAAGUUUUUUGAUUCGCUUCCUUCGAAUAUCAUAAUCGAUGUUUUGUAGAAAUACGUAAUACAUAAUUCACGGAAACCUUCACUUUUGUACGCAAAGAAACAACAUUCGUGCAUAUAAGAAACAUUUUAUGAAAUGUACUCAAAAAAUUGCAGCCUAAGAAAGGAAAUGAGAAUUACGUACUACUAAGUAUCAGCAGACGAAAUUUAUGUGAAAUAGCUGUAAUGUGUAAACCCGAUAAAGAAAUAUGAUGUGGUCUCUGUAUGUAAAAUACAUAACGAUUUCAACGGA